CCUCUUCAUUUCCUCCUUUCUUCAACUUCUCUCCCUUUCUUGUACAGCCUUUUUUUGGGUCUCGUUUCCAAAUUCUAAUCUCGCCGUCGUUCCGCCUUCUCCCCUUACACAACCCUUUGAGACAGUUCUCGGGUCCGCUUCCCCGUUCCCUUGCACCCUGCAUCUGCUCGUUGCUCUUAAAUCGUCACAUUUCCGAGCUAGCCACUGCUGGUCCUUGAACGGAUCCUCCUCGAAGCUUCCUUGUCUGCUGCACUCAUGCAGUCCGGCUCCAGCACCUCUCGCUCCCAGCAGCGAAGUCCCUCCGCUCAACAUUUUCCAUCUGGGUCAGGUAGCAGUGUCGAGUCCGCUAUGGCGUCUGCACCCCGCAGCUCGUCCAGCUCAACACGUUCUCAAUCAUCAUCCAAAACCGUGGUGCCCGAAAGACAGAUUAACCAAAUCGAGAAGAGCGUUACGCAUCUCUUGGUGGCCACGAAACAGCUACUCGAAACCCUGACACAAUGGUCCCGACGACAAGCAUCGGAAAAUGAAGUUUCAGACGUCUACGUGCGGUUGGGCUACGAAUUCAACCUGGCCUGUCGCGCAUUCAAUGCUAUUGGAGUCGACACCUCAGAUCUGGGCCCCGUUCCAGACCUCCUUCGCACCAUCCUCGAAGAUACCCUCAGUCAAGAUGCAUCUCCGCAAGCUCUCGAUCGCUACCUCCCUCGCAUCCGUGAUAUCAUUAUUAAUCUGCUCCACGGACUCAAGAAGAAGCAGGCUCGGUUACGGUCCCGGCAGCAAAAGGAGGAAAGUAGACCGUUGCCCGGUCGACAAGCGAGUGCUGGAAGUGCUGCAGCUACGCAGGCGGCGAUGAACCAAGCCUAUGAAGAAACCGCGUCGACCGUGACCUCGCCGAAGCGCUCGACUCGCCGUUACGGAAGUAAUGGCUCUGCGGAGGACACUGCGAUGGCGCGAGCAUCAUCAACAUUAGCAGCGGAUGCGCGGGGCAGCUAUUCCGAACGCGAGGCUUCCAGGAGAGAGACGCAGAGUAUUUUGUCCCAAUCCUCGCACACAGAAGGCGCAACCCCCUCAAAGGCUCCCGUGGCUUCUUCCACCCCUGCCUCGUACCCCGCACCGCCGCCUCCUCCAAAACAGGACGAUGCGCUGGGUGCUCUGCAGAGAAGCGGUGAGUUGGAGCGCCGUGCGUCUCGACGAUUCUCUGCGUAUCAGAUACAAAAGCACUUGGGCGGCUCAUCGAACGGAGUUCCCGUGCUUCCAUCCCAAAACUCUCCCAUCCCGAAUCGUGGCCGGGAUGUUCGGGAAUCUCUCAACGCCGUGCGCUUGCGUGGGUCCGUCCAUGGACGACAACGAUCGACAAACCGAUUGACCGACCUGAAAGGUGGCGCGGUUUCGACUUCCUCGAAGGUCCCCAGCAUCGAAGAGGAGCGUCCAAAGUCCCAUGCCGAACCGCGUGCGCAGUCACCCGUGACCGCCACCAACACUGUCAAAGACAAAGCCCCUGAACGCCCGGAGGGUGACGUAGCAGAUGCUUCGGUGGUUGGAAGACAACCAGACCUGCCUCAACCCCCAGAGGAACCAGCUCUUGCAGAAGCAUUCGAACCGACAAAGGAGUCGACAGGACCAGCUCUACCCGGAACGCCGAAAUCAGAACGACGGCAACCGGCUGUUACUACCGCCACCCCACCGCAAUCUUCUCAGUAUUCUCCAGAGCAGCAAUCUCCGGGCAAGGAACUCACCCUGUUUCUGCAAUACAGGAGCAAGAUCAAGAAAUUCGUCCUUCCUGAAGGCUAUUCUGGGCUCACCAUUGGGCGCCUCCAGUUGGCUUUCAUCGAGAAGUUUGCCUGGAACACCCAUAACAAUGGAGUGGAUUUGCCAGAGAUUUAUAUCCAGGAUCCUGUUUCCGGCGUCCGUCAUGAAUUGGAGGACCUGAGUGACGUUAAGGAUCGAUCUGUCUUGGUGCUAAACGUUGACAUUCUCGAUGAAGUCAAGAAGCAUUUUGAUGAUGAGCUCGGCGGAGUUCGUCGUUUGAUUGAAGGCGUCAAAGGUGCUCUGGAAGGCCAAGAGAGCAUGAUGCAACGUGUUUCCGAGCGUCAAUUGGAGGCGGCUAAGGAAAUGGCCCGUCUGGCUGCCGCGCCUCCAGCGCCUGUCCUGAGCACCUCGAAUUCCGAGGACAGUCGGAAGGGACCAAUCACGGGAAGCGACAGUCAAGUUGCAGAACUUCAGAGCUUGAGACGCGACCUUGCAGUUCUGCGGCAAACAUAUUCGAACUUUUCGUCGGACAUUGCCAGCUCUAUGAACGCGAUUCGCACCAAGGCAGGCAGCUUGAAAACCGCCGCUGCAGAUGUUUCCGUACCAUCAUAUGAAGGCGAUGCUGGUCGCGUGCGUGUGAACGCUGGUAAGAAGGAGCUUGCUGAAGAAUCAGAACGCCUCGUGGCUCGCGUGGACGAUCUUCAGGAUCUUGUUGAGGAUCUCCGCAAGGAUGUGGUGAGCCGUGGCGUUCGUCCCCUCCCAAGGCAACUCGAGACUGUCAGUAAGGAUAUCAGUGCUGUCACCAAGGAAAUCAAGAAGAUGCAAGAGUUCCUCAAGCGGGAGAAGCCUGUGUGGACGAAGAUCUGGGAGAAGGAGCUCCAGUUAGUCUGUGAAGAACGUGAUCAGCUCACCAUGCAAGAAGACCUUGCAGCUGAUCUUCAGGACGACCUGGAGAAGGCUGCUCAGACUUUUGCUCUUGUCGAGCAGGCGACCAAGCAGCAAGCGAUGCAGAAUGCUACCGGCGGUCCCACCCUGCGCCACACUUCGCGUAACGUCGUGAUCGACCCGGCCGUCGACCCAGUGAAGGCCAAAGACAGCGUUCUCGGAGAGGUGCGCGCUCUGCAACCCAACCAUGAAUCUCGGCUGGAAGCGAUUGAGAGAGCAGAGAAAGCUCGGCAGAAGGAGCUGGAAACCCGUCGGGUCGGCAAAUUCCAAAAGGAACUCGGUGCGUUUGUUGAGGAGGGCAAGCUGAAGAAGAGUGGAGGCGUCGAAGAGGCUGAAAGACUCCGUCGGGCCAAAGAUGAUCGUAUUCGCAAGGAGGUCUGGGAGAGACAGCAGGCGCGCGCGGCCGAGAUGGAAAAAGCUGCAGCCGAAGCAGCGGCAGCGCAAGCGGAGCAAAGUGAACAGCCUGAGGAGGAUACCAAGACUGUCGAUGCUGAGACGCAGCCCGACGCGGAAAGCAAGUCAGAUCCGGCGGAUGAGGUAGCAGCCACCGAAGGGACAUCCCUUCAAAAAAUGAAUUCUGCUUCGGAAGCCGACGAAGCGGAAGAGGAACAGAAAGAGCAGAACUUGGAUGCUGAAAAGAAGGCCGAGAAUGACAAGGAGGAACCUACCAAGGAUGAUCAUGAUCCUGACUCUAAUCCCUAGGAAUCGGCGCUGGUUGGCCAACCCGCGGCCAACAUCAUCAGCUGCAUUCUCAUUGUCUUCAUCAUUUACAUCUUAUAUUUUGCCUGACUCGCUUGGAUUGCAUUCUUUUUGAUCUCUUUUGUUUGUUCCACCAGUAC